AUGGUGCCGACUGGGUUCAGGUUCAAUCCAACUGAUGAAGAGCUUCUCCAAAUACUAGAAACAAAAGCUUCUGGUCACCAAAUGCCUCUUCAUUUCAAUUUUAUAGUUGAAAGAAAUGUCUAUGAGCAUGAACCUCAACUUCUUCAAUGGGAACCCAGCUCGGUUGUGCCUGAUAACGAGAGAUAUUGCUAUUGUACAAGGAAAAACGAUUCUCGAGAAGUGGGAGGUCAAGGAUGGUGGAAAGCUACAAGCCACGUUAAGAAAAUUUAUGAUAAGAGCAUGAAUUUGAAAGGUUACAAAAGGCCUCUAACAUUUUACCGGUUUACUGAUAAUGAAAGAAGGCGUGACAAAGCUGUCAAAACCAAUUGGAUAAUGCAUGAGUAUAAUCUCGAGUCCUACACAACGGAAUGGAGACUUUGUAAGAUCAAAUAUAAAGGAAAACCAAGUGUGCAAGAAGAGUUGGAAAAUAUGAGAAAUGUUUACAGAUUAAGAAACGAAUUUGAAGGUGGGAGCAGUAGUAGUUCAAGAACGAAUUUGCAGCCAAAUUCUGUAAGUGAACAAGAACAGCAGCAGCCACAAGCCGGCUUUCAUGAGCUAAUAGACAAUGUCUACGAACCAAUUUUGAGUGAAAAUUUUUACUCAAAUCAUGACUAUUUGGAGCAACAAGAUGGUGAUGCAUUGGAGGAAUUGGUGUUUCCUAGUAUUUGGAGUUGGCAAAAUUAAUUAAUUAGCAUUGAGUUUAAUU